GCUGCGGGUCCGUCGGGCGGUGGAGGGGAAGCCGCCGAGUUCUGCGGAGUUGGCAGGGCAGGGCAGAGCAGACAAGCCUGCGGGUGGGGAGAGGGUGUGAAGAACAGCUCGCGUGGCUGAAGAGAAUCCUCAGGAAGGAAGGAAGGAAAAGGCACCGCCACCGCCACCUCCACCUCCCCGCCGGUCUCUUCGCUUAGCCUUCUGGCACCGCGCCGGGCACUGUGAAGACGACCCCCCCGCUGUCUUCUCCCGUCCCUCCUCGCCAUCCCUUUCGACGAGCACCUUUGCCCAGCCGAGCUGCCCUGUGCAAGUUGUAAGCGGCCCCUGCCGGACUGUGCGAGCUGCUGCGUUCCUCGCCGCCUAACGGCGGAGGAGGCAGCUGCCCUGGCCGUCUCUUGGCCUUCCUCCACACCCCCUCCUCUUGCCAUGCAAUAGAAUGAGGAGGAGGAUUGACAGGUGGCUGGGGUUUUGCUUUUUCUCUCCCCUGCUCCAAGUUUCCUGUGACUUUUCUGAGGAUGGCACAGAAGAAGUGAGGCUUGGGAAAGUGAGCAGGGUUCCCAGCCCCCCGGGGUCUGUGUAAAAUCAUGGCUGACCGAGACGGAGAAGUGAGGUGGGAUGGGCUGUGCAGUAGGGAUGCUGGCUCCAGAGACAGCGCCUUGGAAAACAUAAGGCAAGCGGUCCUGAAGAAAAGUGAGGCGAUAGCUCUGAUCAAAGAAAAUAUCUCUCCUCCUCCGGCGGCGGCGGAAGGGCUCCUCCUGCCUUCUGCUAACAAGGCUCGGGGCGUACUAAACGAGAUGCUGGCUCGCCUGCUUAUGCUCUCCAAGAGGUGCCCCUUCAGAGAUGUAAGAGAGAAGAGUGGGGCCAUUCUGGUGAACGUUCAGGUACAAGAACUUGGAAUUAGGAUUCCUAGACCACUGGGACAAGGACCGAGCAGAUUCAUCCCAGAGAUGGAGAUCCUUCAAGUGGGCACUGAAGAUACACAAAUGCAUACUUUGUUUGCAGAGGCGUUCACAACUUUAGGGCGUUUGGACAACAUUACUUUGGUGAUGGUUUUCCACCCACAGUAUCUGGAGAGUUUUUUAAAAACUCAGCAUUAUCUGUUGCAGAUGGAUGGGCCACUUCCUCUUCACUAUCGGCACUACAUAGGUAUCAUGGCUGCUGCUCGGCAUCAGUGCUCCUAUUUGGUUAAUCUCCAUGUCAGUGACUUUCUUCAUGUUGGGGGAGAGGUUAAGUGGCUGAAUGGUCUAGAAAAUGCACCUCAAAAACUACAGAAUCUGGGUGAACUGAACAAAAUCUUGGCACACAGACCAUGGCUCAUUACCAAAGAACAUAUUGAACAACUUCUAAAAACUGAAGAACAUAGCUGGUCACUGGCAGAGCUGAUCCACGCUGUAGUUCUCCUUACACACUACCAUUCGCUUGCCUCCUUCACAUUUGGCUGUGGAAUCAACCCAGAAAUUCACUGUGAAGGUGGUCACACGUUCAAGCCUCCUUCUGUCAGUGAUUAUUGUAUUUGUGACAUUACAAAUGGAAACCAUGGUGUACAUGACAUGCAGGGCCCAACUGGAAGUGUUACAACCACAGAGCCUUCCUGUGAAGUAGAAGCACUUAUGGAAAAAAUGAAGCAACUACAAGAAUGCAGAGAUGAAGUGAAAGCCAGCAAAGAAGAAAAAGCUACUCGUUUUGAGAAGGAGAAGAGAGAGAGUAUGUUGGUGUGUUGCUCAGGUCAGAACAUACUUGGUCAGCAUACUUUAAAGACCAUCCCAAUCUGUGACAGAGAGGAUGAAGAAUUGCCACCAACAAGAGAUGUGUCUCGGCACUUCGAAGAUACUAGCUAUGGUUAUAAGGAUUUCUCUAGGCAUGGAAUGCAUGUGCCUACCUUCCAUGUUCAGGACUAUUCGUGGGAAGACCAUGGAUAUUCAUUGGUAAAUCGUCUCUAUCCAGAUGUGGGGCAACUGAUAGAUGAGAAGUUUCAGAUUGCCUACAACUUGACUUACAACACAAUGGCCAUGCAUAAAGAUGUGGAUACUUCAAUGCUUAGACGGGCAAUUUGGAAUUAUAUCCACUGUAUGUUUGGAAUAAGAUAUGAUGAUUACGAUUAUGGUGAAAUUAACCAGCUACUCGACCGCAGCUUUAAAGUUUACAUCAAAACCGUGGUCUGCACUCCAGAGAAGACCACAAAUAGAAUGUAUGAUAGCUUCUGGAGGCAAUUCAAACACUCUGAGAAGGUUCAUGUCAAUUUGCUUCUCAUAGAAGCACGGAUGCAGGCUGAACUGCUUUAUGCUCUGAGAGCCAUUACUCGCUACAUGACCUGAAAUCUUUGGCUGACUAACAAUGAUGGAAGGUACAGCAGCUGCUGCCUACAAAGGCAUGCUAAUGAGCUCCAGAACCAGUGGUGGCUAAAAGCUAUGAGCUCCAUUGUGCCAUAACUCUUCUAGUUUCAGCUCUUCACUUGAUGGGAAUCACUGCCGCCAUUGAACUCGGUGGUUGGACAACAGCGGUAUUGUGCAGAGAUGCUCCCUGAUCACUACAGCCUGCUUCUGAUAAGCACAGGAAACUAUGAUUUGUGGCAGAAAGUAGUUAAUUAUGCAAAUCUUGUAUUGUGGCAAGUAGAAAACAAAAUGCAGAGCACAAGGAGGAUUUUAAGAGGACUUCUGCUUUUGAUGCAAGAAUGAUUGUUUUUAGAAAUGUCCUGAUACUGCUGUACUUGCUGGUAGAAUGAAAGAGACAGCAAGCAAUGCUUACUGUCUCAGCACCUUUUAUACAGUGUUAGAGAAAGCUCUUGCUCAUAACUUUAAACUGAAGUGUACUUCACGCUCAGUUUUAAUUGUAACAGGAACUUCUUGCUGCUGUUUAGCUUUUUUUAAAAAAGCUACUGCCCUAAACUUGUUCACAGUGGUGUGGCUAAAUCAGAGUGAGGAGGGGUAGAAUUUUCAGAGCUGCUUAGACUGCAACUAUGUGACAUGUUAAAUACCAAACAGUGUCCAUCCUUGUAUCUCCUCCAUUGUUCCUAGAAGCUACUAAGGUAUGGGAAUAGGCUUUCAGACUGUCGGGCAGCCCCUUGUUACCUUGCUUACCCAUCCAUAGCUAUGGUCUGUCAGCAGCAGCUCAUGUCGUAAAACAGAAAAUACUAUUAAACUGAUUGGUAUACAGCUGUUUUUGGAAAAUACAUGGAUACUUUUGUAUGAGCAUGAACUGCUCUGAAAUGUCAGUAUUACUGAACUAUUAAAAUAAAACUUUUCCUCUGA